AUGUUCCCAAAAUAUUUGAAAUUUUUUGUGGGCCUCAUAUGGACCUUGUCGUGUCCGGUAUAUGCCAUAGCUCAUGCCCAACUGGAUCUACCACCUCUGCCCACCCCAAGACCACAGAUUUUCUACAAUGGCUAUACAGUAUCAACAACACCCGCCCAGGCCUUAGGUGAUUUAGAUCGAGAUCAACGAUUCGGGCCACCCUAUGCGGAUGAUGGCAAUAAUGAUGAUGGUUCAGAUGAUUUUAGGAAUGGUCAAACCUACGAUGAGCGAAUGCGUUACGGUUUCAAUUAUCGUUCGAAUUUCACCUUUCCCUCGGAUUCGCCGUUCAGUGAUAAAAAUGUCUACAACACCCAGACUCUGCAGAAUGAUCGUUAUGGUAAUCGGAAUUAUGAUAACAACCCUCUGAAUCAUCAAACCUACAACGAUCGCUAUGGUCAGAAUGCCCUGAAUUUGGCCAAUCAACUGCAACAACAACAGCAGCAGCAGCAACAACAACAACAAAAUAAUCGUUAUAAUUAUGCCAACAAUAACAACAACUACAACAAUAAUGGAAAUUUGGGAGGCCUAGGACAAUAG